AUGACUUUAACAGCUUGUUGUAAAGUUUUGCAAGAAGAGAAAUUUGUUGAAGAAACAACAAUUUCAUCACUCUCAUCAUCUAUUUCCUCUUCUCCAAAAUCUACACUACCUACAUCAGAGAAAUAUUUAGACCAACUUUUGAAAACGAAAAAUGCCUGUAAUGCUGACAUUGAUAGCUUGUACAACGAAACUUUCUUCACCUAUAAAUUAACUAUUGAAAUAAAUAUUCCAGGGAUCGUCAUUUCUGAAAGAUGA